AAGACAAUUGCUCAUACAACAUGCAGAACAAUGUGAAAAUUUGAGUCACGCAAAUUGCUUACGCCCUAAAGCCCACAGUCACUCAAGCUCCGGGAUCCACCCACAGAGCAUCGAGAAGUAUAUUGAGAUAAGUUACCACAGGUCUUGAGGUUCGGACGUUACGAGGUCAUCAUGGCUGCUCCUUCCGUGUUCAGUGGAGAUCAGAUUGCAGAAUACCUCUCUUACAUCGGCCUACCAACUAGUCUACGACAACAGAGAUACAGUGGAGAUGCUGCAGCAGAUUUACAUCUCCUAAGACAACUGCAUGUCCAUGCGAUAUCAUCGAUACCAUACGAGAAUCUCAGUCUGCAUUACAAUCCAACUCACACGAUCACAAUUGAUCCCCAGCUCACCUACAAGAAGACAGUCAGCAAUGGCCGCGGACGUGGAGGCUACUGUAUGGAAAACUCGAUCUUCCACAACCACAUCCUCCGUGCCCUUGGAUUUCCGGCAUAUCUAGCUGCAGUCAGGAUUCGCUAUCGCGUCGAUGGCAUACCUCAAGGCAACUACAGCGGCUGGGUGCAUCUUGUGAAUCUUGUCACCCUGUCUGAUGGCACGAAAUGGCACGUCGAUGUUGGCUUUGGUGGAGAUGGAGCCACUGCUCCAAUCCAGCUGGCGCAUGACAAGCCUCAGGUUAAUCUGGGACCGCAGGAGAUACGCUUGUUCCGUGAUCAUAUCCCACCGCAACUCCACAGGACCGAGGAGACGAAGCAGUGGAUAUACCAGUACCGCAAUGGUCCAGAGCAGGAAUGGAAUGCGUUCUAUGCGUUCAGCGAGACGGAGGCAACGGAAGCUGAUUUCCACAACAUCAACUGGUAUACGGGAUCGCAUCCGGAGAGUUUCCAAACCUUCACCUGCAUUAUUGUGAGCUUCAUGCGCCGGCCCAAGGAUGGGAACGAGGAAGAGCAGGAAAUUUAUGGGAAGCGGAUGCUCGUGAACGGAGUGAUCAAGGAGAACCUUGGCGGCAAGACGGACAUCGUACAGGAAUGUAUGACUGAGUCGGAGAGACUUGCAGCCUCGCAGAAGUGGUUCCGAAUGACUUUCACCCAGGAGGAAGCUGAGGCUAUCAGAGGAUGGUGCACAGAGCUGAGAGGUAACGAGCAGGACAGCGGCGAGAGGCUCGAAGUCUGGCAUGCGAAGAGAGGGAAAGGCGGGAAGAUGUUUUAUCAGAAGGUCUGACUCCGGUCUUCAUCCGAGUAUAUAGAUAGAGAUGCUGUGAAGCACACCGAUAGAGAUAGAGAUUGUCG